CAAAUGCAUUUCUGUUCUGAUAAUAAAGGCAUAAAGAAAACAAAGAUAUUUGACUACGGUCAGAAGUAUUUAUGGAUUUUGAGGGACAGUAGUGCAUUUGACGGAAUUUCUUGUGCGAUUAUUAGACAAUUAUUGUAUAAGUCUAUCAUUGAACAAAUAAUACAAGUGUUUUAAAUAAUUGCCAUUAAAUCAACGGAAAAGGGUUUGGAAUACCAUCUAUUUAACCAGCAUUUAGAUUUAAGCGCAUACUUUUUUGGGCCGCUGUGUAUUCGAAAUGGUUUCUUCGAUGUAUUGUGUUGGAAGCACUGCACGCAUAUUCCGUUUAUUGACGGGAGCGUCAAAUAUUAACUUUCCGCAAUAUUACAACGUGAAUAAAUCAAUAAACAUCAACACCGUUACAGUCCUACCAACAGGAAAUAAUAAUUCAACAGCAGUAGUAGCAGCGCCACCAGUAACCGACAUAUCCUUUGGUGCUAACUGCGGCACCAAAGUCAUUACGUCACUAGUUUUUAACUGUGGGUACUCCACUAAUUUAAACAGGCAUUUUCUUAACGCCCAGCAGACCAAUUGCAGACAUUUUUCAAGUCUACAGAUACCAUUGCAGUUCGAGCCUACUAAAUUAAUACAUCAAACAACAAUGGCGACUUGGAAAAAUCGUCGUUUCCUUUCAACCAGAGAAAUCACUAAAAAUAUGACAUUUUUCACAAAUGAACCAUUCAACAGCGAAGUGGACCCAAAGACGCUUGAAUUCAAGAAACCUUCCAGAAACCCACUUGUUUUAAUUAUGGCGUGGCUAAUGGCAAGUCAAAAACAUCUAAGGAAGUAUGCUCAAAUCUAUACUGAUAUGGGAUUCGAUGUUAUGGCCGUACACGUUACACCGUGGCAGCUUCUUUGGCCAGUUAAGGGAACACAGGUUGUCGCUGCAGAUACGCUUAAAUUUAUGGAAAUCAACAAAUCUUAUGCGCCAAUUGUUAUUCAUGGAUUUUCAGUGGGUGCUUAUCAAUUGGGCGAAGUGAUGUUACAAAUGGCUCGUGACAUGGAACGUUACUCACAAGUCUUGGAUAGAAUUGCUUGUCAAAUUUGGGAUAGUGCUGCUGAUAUUACAGAAAUCCCAAUUGGCGUGCCAAAGUCGAUAUUUCCGAAAAAUCCCCGCAUGCAAAGUGCGCUACGUAACUAUAUGUUAUACCACAUGAAGACAUUCCACAAUCAAGCCACAAUCCAUUAUAUGCGAUCCAGCCAAAUGUUUCAUUCUACAUUGGUUAAACAGCCAGCAUUAUUUUUUGUAUCGGAGAAUGAUCCAAUUGGACCACCUUCGUCGAAUCAAGCGGUACGUGAAAAUUGGGAACGCGCCAACAUCAAAGUUUCAUUCAAAUGUUGGGAACGUUCACAGCAUGCAGCACAUUUCGUGAGGCACCGGGAGGAGUAUUUGGAAUGCCUUUUAAAGCACCUUCAAAGUUGCGGGGUAAUCGAGAGCGUUGGCUUAAAAACUCGAGCUAAAUUAUAAAAACAGAAAGGAACUAAAAUGCUAAUAUUACGAUUUUAAAGAAUUUAAUUUAAUAGAGUAAAUAGAGACUUGUUACAUAAUAUUUAA